AACCAUCUUCGCCCCUUUGGUUUUAAUUAAUCAGGAAGAGCUUCUCCAGAAUUUAUCAUACUAAAAAUGGAGGGCACUCUUAGCUUCCGCAGUUGUUCUCAGGCUCAGCUUCCGUUGCAACCGAACUCUUUCCUUCCUCAAUUCUCCAAAAAGUUACAAUUCUUGAGACUACAGAAAUCGAAGCCUUUGAAAUCAUCCCAGUGUUAUCAACGCUUGGUGAUUGUGAAGGCGUUGGGUACGGGUGAUAAUGGGGACUUUGAAGAUUUUCCAGCUACACCUAACAAGAUUUUUAUGGAAGAGGCAAUUGGUGCUGAAUACGGAGAAGGUUUCGAGACAUUUAGACCCAAUGGACUGCUCAAAGUUGAUGUGGAUUUUUUAAAUGAUAGACUGCAAGAGGGUUUCCUGCGAAGAAUCCGUUAUGCGAUGAAGCCUGAUGAAGCUUACGGCCUCAUUUUCUCUUGGGAUAAUGUGGUGGCAGAUUCUCGAGCUCUAAAGUUGGAUGCCUGGAAUCAACUUGCGUCUGAAGAAGGAUUAGAGCUUCCUGAAGAUGAUAGUGUGCAGCGUCUAUUACUUUAUGCAACUGCUGAUCAAGUUCUGCAUAAGGCGCUGCCAAGGGAGAAGAAUGAAGCUGAUCAAGAUCGAUUGAAGACGAGACUUUCCCAACUCUAUCAUGACAAGCUUCUCAAAAUUUCAGAGCCAAUUGAAGGGUUGAAAGAAUGGUUGGAUGCUGUGUCAACUGCUCGUAUCCCUUGCGCUGUUGUGUCAAGUCUUGAUCGCAGAAAUAUGGUUGAAGCCUUAGAGCGCAUGGGACUCAUGAAGUACUUCCAGGCAAUUGUGACAGAGGAGGAUGGAAUGGAGUCUAUAGCACAUAGAUUUCUUUCUGCAGCUGUGAAGCUGGACAGAAAGCCAUCAAAGUGUGUGGUGUUUGAGGACGAUCCUAGGGGCAUAACUGCUGCUCACAACUGUACAAUGAUGGCUGUGGCACUUAUUGGUGCUCACCCUGCGUAUGAUUUAGGGCAAGCUGACCUUGCUGUAGGUAGCUUCAGUGAGCUUUCUGUGAUAAAUCUCAGGAGAUUAUUUGCACAUAAAGGUUCCAACUUUAUGGACCUAGAGAAGCAAAUAGCGGAAAAAGCACCGCGCAGAAGGAAGCUUACAAUUGACACCAUUUUCUGAACCAGUUUGGUACAACAGUCUACCACCUUCUUUUCCUACAUGUAAAUGCCCUUUUAGUUUAGAAUCUGUAGGUCUUGCCGUCCCUUGCCUUCAUUCAUUCUUUAGAUAAAUACAGCUGGCAGAAGAUGAUUUACCUUGGGGUAAUCUGAAACUCAGAAAUACUUUUCUGGUCUUCUUUUUCUCUUUUUUCUUUUGGGGUUUCUGUCUCUUCGUCUGAUCAAACCGUUUAAUUCAAACUGAUAUCUACCAGCAGUGGUGGUGGUAUUACGAUCCAUGUCACGACUAAUAGUUGCUUUUAGGUGCAUGCAAUAUUGUAAUUCUUCUGAGUAUAUAUAUAUAUAUAUGAACAGAUUGUAACUUUGUU